AUGUUAAGCCCUUCGAAGAUACUUUCAGUGGCUCUGUUCGCUGUAACUGCCCUAGCUAAAACGACACCUUCGCCGUUAUGUCCAGGGCCUACCCAGACAACCGUCACCAGAUGGCUCGCCACUGAAACUACAACUACAACUCUAUCGACCACCACUGUAACCAACGGAAUAUCGUCAUUGGGGAAGGUUACAUCGACACAGUCGUUGACAGAGAUCCGAGUGAUCACCACUCAAAAGACCAUUUACUCUCCAUCAGAGGUCACAAUCCCCGCAACUACAAUCACAUCAACUGUUACUGGUCCUACCACGACUUUGGUUUGGUUCACUUCAAGGUCAACGAGUGUUCUCUCAGGAACCCCUCCAGCGUCUCUGUGCCUCACUAAGACCUGUACAUCGACAAUCGAAAAAACCCUCACUACCACUUGGACCAACCCUCUCUUCUACGACACGACUUGGACUAGUACCGUGGGGCACGUACUCACACAGACCAAAGUAAUUCUAACGACGACGACACGUACGGUUACGACUCCAGGAGGGACAACCGCGCUUACAACAAUUGUUUACACCGCCACCAAUUAUCCGGUCGCCAUCACGGACACGACAGUUUGGAUAACUCAAUAUGCCACAGCUGCGCCGACAACUUGUAUCUGGUAG